GUAGUUUCAAUGAAUUUGUCGUUAUUUAGUGAAUCUUUUAAUGUGUGAAAUCUUAACUUAAUUAUCGAGAUUGAUUUCUUUAUGUGAGGUUCUUUAUUACUCCGUAUAAAUUUGUUGAUAGUUGUAGCAUUUUGAUAAAAGUUUAGAUUUGCUUCAAUUUUUUGGAUAUUAGUCUUUGACCUAGCAAAUUAUAUUUUUGAUGAACUUGCAAUGUUACUGAAUUUAGCAUAACAUAUACAAAAUAUUUGUUGCACUGCCACCUUAAUUGACACUUACCCUCGCCUUGUUUUUUUGGUAAAAAAGAGUUACAUCAUUAGAUUAAGCUAUUAUGCCUUGAAAAUACAUGAUUGUUUGUAGGGUCAAGAGGGAGCCCUGUUUGGAAAGAGUUCUCCAAAAUAUUACAGUCAUAAAAAACAAUGUCAUUACAGUGAUCAACACAAUCUCUCGGAUUUUUUGGUGGGUGGACAGUAGGUCUGUAUUGUAGCGUGCUCCACUGAGUCCUUGACUUUCUUGUGACGUAGUCCUCUUCCUUGACUUUACUUCUUAUGACGCUCCUCAAGCAUCCUUUGUCUAAUAUCAGUAGAUACUCCUUGCUUGGUUUGUAUAUGUUAGUAAGCCAAUCUGUCGGCGUAGAGUCACAAUUGAUACCAGCUACUGCUCUUUUACAACCAGACUGUAGGCAAGUAUUAAUCCAUUGUUUUCCCUCAAUCCACUUCAAAGCUUCGAGCAUACCAAUAGCUUAUGCAGUCAGCGAGUCUGUGGUGAUGAACACACCAGCUAUGGUACCCUCGCCUUUGUUGGGCUCUGCCAGUCUACUUGCUAGCAUGACGCAUUUUCAUCUUUCAUUAAUAUUCUCUCUUGUUAUUAUCCAUGAUAGCUAUAUGUCUAUAUGUUUACUAGGUAGCUCCAAGUUAUAAAUUUUCCUAAGAUUUUGGAUUUUAAUUUAGAAAAUUUCCUCUUUGGAUGUCUUCUUUUAGAUUCUUGUUGAAGUUGAUAAUCUCAAAGACGUGCCAUGUCCCUACAUACAAAUUAAAGGGGUUGAUAAGGAUGUUGUAGUGACUAUAGGGUUAAUGCUAAGGCUUGACGGUUCAUACGCCACUAAGGUCGGACUUUUGGGCACGGCACGGUCACUUCAAAGUGAUCUCAAUCAGAUUGCUGAAACUGCUGAUACAUCAACCCCAGAGGGUCUAAAUUAUGUUUUAACUGAAUCGAUGCUGGCUUUGCUUCGGCACCCUGAUUAUUGCAUAUCAGCCUAUUCAUAUGUUUUCAAUACUCCAAGAGAGAGGCCCUUAACCAAAGAGGUGAUACAUGAAGUUCGAGACAAGUGAGCUAAUUACUUCACCGAUUGUGAAAAAUCCUCGUUGUAAAUAGAACAAGCUAUUAGUUAUCUGUGACUCUAAAAUUACUUUAUUAUUUAUUGAUUUAAUUACAUUUGAACUAAUGUGAUACUACUAUUGUAAACUUGAAAUUUAUCUAAUUUUUUAGGAACGUCAAAGUGAUGUUUGGUGAAA